AUGGAAAAGUUCAAUGGGAGAAGCCCGUGGUGGAAGACAUACAGAAAAUCUAAGAACCAUCCAAAACAACGACUAAGUAUGGAGAUGGUCAUUCGCAAGAGCUUCGUACAGGUGAAAUACACCGAGGUGCUACGAGAUUACGUUCAGCACUGCUCCCUCGUGGGGUUUAAGCAGGUGUGCGAACGGGACAUCCCUAUCAGGCAUCGAAUCUUCUGGAUCAUCCUAACUGCCCUCACCUUCGGUGCCGUCAUCUACAUGCUACUCAACAUAUGGACGGCCACCCUCAGCAACCCCUUGCUGGUGACAAUGGAGUCUUCCACAAUCUUCUGGAUCAUCCUAACUGCCCUCACCUUCGGUGCCGUCAUCUACAUGCUACUCAACAUAUGGACGGCCACCCUCAGCAACCCCUUGCUGGUGACAAUGGAGUCUUCCACGUACCCUAUCGCCGAGAUAGACUUUCCCGCCGUCGCUGUGUGCAAUAUUAACCGCAUUAGCCUGAAGGCUGUUAAGGGAUUUGCGAAGGAAAUCUAUCAAAGCCUCAACGGUAAGUUCCGAAACAUCACUUUGGACGACAUCGAAUGGUACCUGGUGCAAGCCGGUAGGCUCUUGGACUUUUCAUACAAUGAGACUCUUAGACUACGUCUCCUGAGAUUUGCCGAUGUCGUUGACAACCCUGAAGACAUUAUAAACGGUAUGAAACGGCUAGCGCCAUCUUGCGACGAGAUGCUAAGACGCUGCUCCUGGAACGGGCAACUAGUAAACUGCAUGGACAUUUUCCAGACUCGACGCACUGUUUUCGGACACUGCUGUGCGUUUAACUACGCGCUUGAUUACAACCAGUUGGGCAGACCUAAAAGCACGAACAUGAUCAUCAAAGUGUUGCGGCAGAAGCAAGCAGGCUCCCACCACGGUCUUAUGGUGGUUCUAGAUCCAUUGCUGGAAGACUACGCGUACCCUCUGCGAAGCGGGAGAGGUUUUGAUAUAUAUCUGUUCGACCCAACCCACUACGUGGAUCCGAGCGGUGGCCGCGUGCUGCAGCGAGUUUCCGAACCGAACGAAGUCAUGGUCCUGGAACUGCGGUCAGCCAGGCAGAUCGCCACGAAUGAAGUGAGGAAGUACCCCCUUAGCAUCAGGAAAUGUCUCUUCCACGACGAGGUUCCCGAGCUCUAUGGGGACCUGUACUCAUACAGCGCUUGCAUCGCCCGCUGCAGGAUCAAGACCAUCCGUUCUCUUUGCAAGUGUACGCCGUACUAUCUGCCUACUGGCAGGGACGGGGAGAGUGUCUGCUCGUUGACGGAUCUGUCUUGCCUCAACAAAUACCGAGAAAAGCUCCUCUACUUCUAUCCGUUCCACUCCACGGCGCCGGGGCUAGAGAUGGAGCGGCUAGACUCGCUGUACUGCCCCGAAUGUUUCCCGGACUGCGAGUUCACGAAACACUCCACCAAGGCCUCGGUCACGCCGUUCCGGGACACGAGCAAGAAAGGCCUGAACGUGACAGAAUCAAGUAAUACUGCGACGGUGUAUAUCUACCAACCCACGAACGAUGGUGUGCUAGAUCGACUCGAUGUGGUGUCAUACUGGUACGAAAUACUGAGUAAUGUCGGUGGCUUCGCUGGCGUUCUUGUCGGAUUCUCUAUAGUUAUCAUAUUCGAGAUCAUUUAUUUUUUCAUCCUCCGAUUCAUUCAAGUUCUUUACACAAAUUGGAAAUUAUAUUAUUAAAGAAACAAG